AUGGCGACUACCGCACUGGAACAGCCCUUCCACGACGCUAUAGCAUCCGACAUGAUCAAUGGCGUGGUAAUGGAAGGGCGUUCUGUCUCUGGCGGAUCCUACUCCGGCUACAUCGGACAACAGACUGCACCCGAUAGUACGGCUCAGCCUCUCUCCCCAGCAUCCAUAUCAUACAUGGCUUCAGCGACUAAGUUGCUUGCCACAAUUGCUGCUCUCCAACUCGUUGACCGUGGUCUCCUCUCCUUGGACGAAGAUCUCCGGCCUGCUCUGCCCAAGUUGACUGCCCUUGGCGUGCUCCACACAUGUGACAGCGAUACCGGCGCCAAGACAACGCCGUUCACAGGUCCUCUCACCCUUCGACAAAUGCUCACGCAUACCGCUGGCAUGGACUAUUCUUUCUUCAAUCCAUCGAGGAACAAAUAA